ACCCGUCAGCCACAAGAAGUUUGCGUACAUUUCAUUUUUUAUUUUUAUUUACACAAGUAAAAAUGACUCCAUUUUAUUUGAGGUUUGUCUCCGUCUCAGGGAAGCACUGUCGAGAGACGCCAAUCGGCUGUGGCCGAACCGUCGUCGAAUUCUCCCCGUGGCAGCCCGAUCAUGGCGUCGCCGCCGGCGGAUCCGCACCCGAAGAAACGUAGGGUCGCCGACGCCCAGGACCCAAGCUCCUCCUCCAAUCCUGCACCCACGCGGCGUCCUUCCCCUGCUCCGCCUCCUCCCGAAACCCUAGGUGCUGUGGCGUCUUCAACCUCCUCCCCACCUCCGACAGAAACCGCAUCGCUGCCGCCGGAGGGGGUGAGGCUUCAAAAGCUUCGCAACCAAGAGGAGUUGAGAAAUGUCUUCCAGCGCUACAGCCGUAUCCGCAAGUACAUACAGGAGCAUAAAGACGGCGGCCUCACGCCCGAGCUGGAGCAGGACUAUCUCUACCUCAUCUCCGCCUCCCGAGGUUGUGAAAGUGUACAGUGUUUUCUAUCUUUGCCAAUCCCUCGAUUUGCCUCACGCUGUCCUACUGCACUCGAGGCGGCGACUAAAGUUACCAUCAACAUGUACAAUUGCAACAUGGCCACUGUAAAGAGAGGGGAGGAUUUGAAAAGUGUGCCAUACAAGACAGCUAAAGCAUGUAUCAUUGGCUUAACUUACAUAUGCUCUGCAGCAUCUUCUGAAGAACUCAAGUCAUCUGUUAUGAAAGGAAUCUGCUCUGUCGUUUAUAGAACUGUCCUCUCCUUCUUCAUUUCAACCUUGGAGGGGAAGGAUAUCUAUCGUAUGGACUAUACAAAACGUGCAAUGCUUCAGGACCCUGUGACGUUGUUAGACACUUUAAAAUUGGAGUUGGACAAUGCUAAGCAACCAACAAUUGAUAAUUUGUCUGAGCUGGGAGCUAUUUGCUUGCUUUGCACAUUCCUUUUGUUCCCAGAGAAUAUACUAGAAGCCUGUUUUAAGCUGCUUGAUUCUGCAGAAUGUGAUGAUGUAAAAGGAGAAGGGUUAUACCUUUUAAAUCAGCUGACCUGUCAUCUGACCUGUAAUGCUGCAAAUGAUGCUAUGGGUGAUAAGAUCGAUGAGCAGUGUCCUGUGAUGGAAGGAAAUUUGUCCGACACCAAUAAAUUUGUUGAUUCAAAUCCUGUUGUUUCGGAAAAUGCCAUGGAGCCAAAUGAGUGUUACAUCACAAUGGCCAUCUCUAGGCAUCCAUUUCUGAGACGUUGGAUAUUAUCAAGGUACAAGAAAUUAUGUGAUUCCUGUAAACCUGCCGUGGUUUCUGAGGUGUCAUCUUGUUUGAAAGUUUUGGGCUCUUUGUCAGAACCUUCCGAUGAUAAAAGUCACACGGGCAAUGAGUCAUCAGUGCUGGAGAAACUUGAUAACAAUGUCAGAGAAAAUAUGCGACCAGAUGAACUAAUUUCUUCAUCUGAGCAGGGAGCACUUGCAAAAACUGAGAGUGUCGAUAAUUAUGGAAAUAAGUUUUCACAGAAUAAGAAUGUGGACAUGGUUCGUUCUGAUAAUCAGAAAUCUGAUGAGCUCACGGACGCAAAAUUGGAUGACUUCAAAGGAGGAACUGUUGUCUCUGAUGCACAGCAUCAAGGUUCAAGAUCUGAUUUGCUUAUGCCAAAAUCUGUGUAUGAUUCUGCUGGAGGAUCUACAUCACUUACUUCUCCAGGACAACAUUUUGGAAGGGCAAAGCAUUUAUUUUCUGAACCAUUUGAUAUUUAUGGCACUUAUGUUGCGAGGGAUGUGAUUUCAGUUUCAAAGGAACUUUGGGUUGGUUCACUGGGAAAUAGAGCAACUGAGGCACUAGUCAGAUCUAAGUUUGAGGAGUUUGGCCCAUUAGUAAAUUUUUUGUUCUAUCCAUCCAGAAAAUUUUCUUUAGUUGAGUAUAGAAACAUAUUACAUGCUGUGCAUGCAUGUGGAUAUAUGCAGGGUUCAUCUAUUUGGGGCGGUUUUCUUCAAGUAAAGUAUUUAGACAGGCUUAUAGGUAGUAAGGGAGUUAUUCGUGGUAUAGCUAUUGGUGAAAGCCGUCAUGUUUAUGUUGCUAAAGUCAAGAAUAAAAAAGACAAAGAUGAGGUCUUUGAUGAUUUAAAGAUGGCAGGGCUGAAGUGGCCAUCUGGGAUUACUGAUAUUCCUGGAGAAAAUGCUUUGCUUCUUGAAUUCGAGACGGCAGUUGAUGCAGCUACUGCAAAAUUCUAUAUUAGGCACCAAGCUCGUCCAAAUGUUUGUUCCAGGGAUAUGAAUCUACCUGGUCAUCAACUUUUGGUGCAAAAUAUAGACCACUCAGUCCCUGACAUCGACUUAAUCAACGCCUUCUCUCAAUUCGGUGAGGUCAUCAGGUGGCAAAUCAAUAGGGCUGAUAGUAACUGCUUUAUAGUUUAUAGAUCACAAGAUGCUGCUGCCCGUGCGAAAUCACACUUGCAUGGAGCGCGGUUUGGGUUGAAGUCAAUUAGUAUUGAAUCAAGGACAUACAGUGCAGGAUCUGUUCAUGAUAAAACAGUGUCACCUGUUGCUCCGUUGUUAGGCCAGAGUGUUCCUGACAACAGCGUGCGCCAUGAGAUCAGGAAUCCAAUAGUCCCAGGAUAUCAUGCAGGAUAUGCAGCACCAGGGGAUCGACCUAUUUAUGGUCCGCCACCUCCAAAUACAAGCAGAGCUCCACAAGGAAAUUUUCCUUGCCCUCCUGUUUCCACACACCAUGGUUCUGUGAUGCCACCGCCACCUAUUCAAACCUCUUUUGUUCGUCCUAUGUAUCCUGGUCCAGGGAGUCCCUGGGAGAACACUACUCCAAAUCCACCGCCCUUCAGCCACGUUUCUCCUCGCAUGAUGCCUGGAAGUAACUUCCGUGUUAAUCCAGCUUCUCUUCCUUUUGUACCCUCUUGUGUUACCCCUGUUUCACAGCUUCCUGGAGGAUCAGCACAGCAUUCUGAGAAAAUGCCACCAUCACUACCUCUGCCAACUGUAGCUCCCCCACCAUUUACACCUCUAGAUAUGCCACCAACACACCCUCCGCCACUACCUAUUUCCCAGCCACCUUCAGUGCCGCCACCCCCAAAUUCUCCUCCUCCGCAACCUUUUGCUGAUUCGUCUGACUCACAAAAGCCAAGUUCUCAUCCUCAAUGGCAGGGUCCUCUUUUAAAAAGUGGCUUGCAUUACUGCAGAAUCUAUGCAAGCAGAAUAGAGUUGGAUGCCUGCAGAUAUGAAAAUACUGUUUCUGAACCGGCAGAAUGGCCUUCAGCGCUAGAUGUGACAAAGCGCACAGCUUUCCAGCAUGUGAAGACAACUUUCAACAAUACACCGCCUAAUAAGCUUUUGUUGGAUUUCUUGAUGGCUGAUUUGGUGAACAAAAGCUCAUCACUGAACUUGUUGUCUUAUAAACUUUUGGCACCUAAUUCAGCUCACUUUUAUACAAAAAAGAGAGAGUAGAUGGAGCAACAAAUGUAAAGAGCCCUGUCUGAGCUUGUUGUUAAUACUCAAAUAGUGGUAUUGAGAGUUGGGGUUGUAAUAGUUGAACAUGAAGUUUGUAAUGAACAUUAUUCCCUCAAUUCUUAUGUACUAGUAGCUUUGCGCACUGACAAGGUCUUCAAUAUCACAUUUAAUUACUUUUCCUGUAUGUAGAGUAAGGUUUUAAACUAGAACAAAUUAAAAUACUUUUGUUGAAAAAUCCAAGAAUAACAUGUCUUAAGUGUCAAAGUUAAGUGUUUUUGUGUAUAUUACUAUAUUAGUGAUUAAAGCUUCUAAAGUUUGCGUACAUGUAUGCUAAUAUGCUAUAUUGUUAUGUCAACUUUGGUUUGAGAAUACUGGGAAAUGUUAGGCUAUGAGUAUACGAUGAUAUCUGCUCCUAAUAACUUUGUUAUUUUUAAGGCAUGGUGCCUAUUUUCUGAUUUAAGCCAAAUUACUUGGUACACACUGUUCAGUCAAUGUGCUAGCAUAAAGACCAAAUUCUGUAGUUAAUUAUGCCACUAGUUCACCUUUCAAACUUACAGUUUUAGAGUUAUUUAUCACCUAUAAUUACCGGGAGGAUUUAUCUAUUGGUUGAUUUCUUGGAUUAAGCAAGAUUUGAUUUUCUCCUGGGUUUCAUCUUCAAUGGAGUACUGUGUUUUACAUUAGGGAUAAGGAGCCCCGCCCUACUGGUGGCUCAUUGGGUCUCAGCUUAAACAUACUGUAACUUGGUUCGGAGUAAAAGACAUGGUUGUUUUAAACUUUUAAUUGGGAAUUAUUUUAAUAUAUUAAGGGUAGAUGUCAAAAUUUAUAGGAAAAUUCAAUUGUGCUUUCUGAUGUUGGAAAAAUGAUUUCCCCCCACU